AUGAAGUCUUCAUUGCUUUUCGCCGCCGUUUCCGUGCCCUGGGCGGCCGCAUUCGCGUUCAACACCUAUGACCUGGGCUUACAGGGCAUAUACCCCCGCAAGCGCUUCCAUUCUGUUGAUUUCGAAAUACCAGACCUAAAAUUCACACAAUGGGAUUCGAGGUGCGACUCAGGGAACCUCUUCUUCACGCCCAGAGGCCCGUAUGUACAAGGGGCGGCACGUGGUCCCAUCAUAACGGACCCCCGGGGUGAAUUGGUGUGGAUGAACAACAAGAAAUUCGAACAGGCCAUGAACUUCAACGUCCAAAAAUACAAGGGACAGGACUAUUUGACUUUCUGGACCAAGCAGAAAAAGAAAGGCAAGCAUGGGAAGCCGGCAAAAGGUUCCAAGAAAUCAUACGUGAUGGUGAGAAUGAUCCCUCAGCCCGUCCCAUCUCUAUCUGUCUUUUCUGAACUGAAAGUUUCUAACCCCGUCACCCCCCAGCUCAACUCUUCGUACGAGGUUGCCUACCGGAUACACCCCAUAGGCAAAGGACUGAAGGGAGAUUCGCAUGAGUUCCGGAUCACGCCCCAAGGCACCGCCCUCAUCACCAUAUACCACAAGCACGAAGCAGACUGCACGGACCUGAAGCUCGGGAAGAGCUGCUGGAUCCAGGACGGCUUGUUCCAGGAGAUCGACAUCGAGACCGGGGAGCUGCUGUUCGAGUGGCGAGCCACCGACCACAUCCGCAUGACCGACGUCUUCAGCAGCCCCAACAUGAAGGACGGGCACGGAAAGUCGAAAGCGGACGCCUUUGACUUCUUCCACAUCAACAGCGUCGACAAGACGGACUCGGGCGACUACGUGAUCUCUGCCCGCUACAUGCACGCCGUCGUGUGCAUCAGCGGCAAAACAGGCGAGAUCCUCUGGCAGCUCGGAGGCAAGAACAACGACUUCACAGACCUCAACCACGCGUUGGACUUUGCCUGGCAGCACCACGUCACGUGGCAGGGCAACAACACGCUCUCCAUCUUCGACAACCACGCCAACAACGUCUUCCACAAGCCGUCGAGCCACAGCAAGGGCAUGAUCAUCAAACUCGACAUGGACGGCAUGACGGCCACCCUGGUCGGGAAGUACGUCCACCCGGACAAGAUCCUGAACGUGUCUCAGGGGUCGGUGCAGAUCGUCAACGAAACAGGCACCGUGCUCGUCGGCUUCGGCAACUCGCCAACCUUCGUCGAGUACUCGCCCGAAGGCGAGGUGCUGUGCGCCGCGCACUUUGCCCCCUACGUCGUGUUUGAGAUCAUCGACUUUGGCGCGGUCAAGUCGUACCGCAUAUUCAAACACCCCUGGGUGGGGAAGCCCAAAACAAAGCCCCACAUCAAGGUAAAGUCCGGCAAGGUGUAUGUGAGUUGGAACGGCGCGACCGAGGUAUCGUCAUGGCGCCUCGAGAAAGUAAUCAAGGGCGCCGGCGUGGAGGCCACAGGCAAAGGCAAAGGCAAAGACAAAGGCAAAGACAAAGACAAAGGCAAAGGCAAGGACAAAGGCAAGAACAAAGGCAAGGGCAAGGACAAAGGCAAAGGCAAAGACAAAGGCGAGCAUGCCGAGUUCGUAACCAUCGCAGAGGCCAGACGCAGUGGGUUCGAGACGAGUUUCGACCUUGGCAACAUCCACGGACACGUUCGGCUUGUGGCUCUGGACGGUGCGAGGAGUGUCAUGGCGCAUUCCCAUGUGGUCAAGACACCUUCGCCGUCACACUUUUUCCUGUGGUCGAGCUUUAUCCUCGUCCUUUGCUUCACGGGCCUGGGCAUCCUGUACCGCAGGAGACGACAUCUUCCACAUCUUCCGAAUAUCCAAAACUUCAACCUCUUCGACCUCAAGCAUCGCCUCCACUCUAUCACCACGACCAAGCAGGCCGUCGCCCUCAGCGACCUCGAUGCCGAAGCGUCACCCUUGUUAUUGGCCGACCGGGAACCAAACAUGAUGCAUCUCGAGGGGGAAGCAUGA